AUGACUUCAACCCAACCCAUCAAAGACGGUGACCUUCUAGUCUCCAACGGUGAGACCUUCGCACUCGGAUUUUUUAGUCCGGGAAAUGGAACAUCCAAUCGUAGGUAUGUUGGAAUAUGGUACUACAAGAUCCCCGAACAAACCAUUGUUUGGGUUGCCAAUCGAGACAACCCAAUCAAUGGUAUGUCCGGAGCACUGGCUGUCGACCAACAUGGAAACCUUGUCAUCUACGGCGACAAUUCCCAAAAUAUUGUUACUAAAACAUUUUGGCAGACAAAUGUUUCGGCAAGCAGUUCUAAUUCAGCUCGGCUCUUGGAUUCAGGUAAUUUGGUGUUGUUUCAAGGAGGUGAUGAUACCAAUGGAAGUAGUAGUACUAGUAGUGUUGUUGCGUGGCAAAGUUUUGAUUAUCCUACUCAUACUAUGCUACCAAACAUGAAACUUGGGCUGGAUCGGAGGACCGGUUUAAACCGGUUCCUGACAUCUUGGAAAUCACACGAUGACCCUGGCACUGGGGAGUAUUCCUUCCGGAGGGACACCCGUGGGUUGCCCCAGUCAUUCGUGCUCAAGGGCUCCGCCCGAAUUUGGCGAACCGGGCCAUGGAUUGGUAACAAAUGGAGUGGCACACCAAAGUUACUUAAUUACAUAUUCAAUGUCAGUUAUAUUGACAACAACGAAGAGUUUUCUGUGAUGUAUAGUCUCAUUAAUGCCUCAGUCAUGUCGAUGAUGUUCUUGGAUGAAUUUGGGUAUUUACAACGGUAUACGUGGCACGAGGACAAGGCUAGUUGGGUCUGGUUCAUGUCAGCCCCGAAGGAACCAUGUGAUUUUUACGGACGAUGUGGUCCUUAUGGUAAUUGUGACCCGAACAAUGGGGAAAAGUUUGACUGCACGUGCCUCCCGGGAUAUGAGCCCAGGUCAGCACGUGACUGGUAUUUGGAAGAUGGGUCAGCCGGAUGCAAGAGGAAACGUGGUGGGACAAUUUCCAUGUGUAAUAAUGGUGAAGGGUUCGUUAAGGUUGCACGUGUAAAGGUUCCUGACACCUCGGAGGUGGCACAUUCUGAUGUCAACCUGAGCAAGGAAGCAUUGACGGAGGCAUUUGCAUCACUUGGUAUGGGAAUUUGA